AUGGCCAAGUCAAUGCGCUCGAAGGUCAAGCGCCAGUUCCGUGCAAAGAAGCGGACAGAGGGCGUGUACGCCGCCGCAGAAGCAGCACGGCUCAACCGUCUGCACCAAAAACUCAAGGUCCUCACGACUAAGGACAAGAACGGAGACGCGGAGGUCCCAGAAAAGGUUGUGGACUCGUUCAGCGACGAGGCUGCGGCGCAACCAGACGCCAUGGAGAUUGACACGGACUCUAAAAGAAUCUCGACGCAUGGACUCCGUAGAUCACGACGAGAAGAGUGGCGGACAUCGAAGGGCAUGUCUGCUCGUCCGCAGGGAGGGAUUGCCGCAAGGCAUAAGUCGGGGCGAGCGCAUCGCAGACGAUAA